AAAAUUAGAAUUCCAUGUGUUCAUGCGAUGGCUGCAGCUCAUGAUAGGGCUUUGGAAUUCAGAACGUUGGUUGGAGAGAUGCAUAGGCUGGAAAUGUGGUCACCAACGGUCCAAGAAUCUAUCCUCCCAGUACGCGAUCCAUCUGAGGUGGAUGUUCCUGAGGAAAUAAGAGUUCUAUGUUUAAUGCCUCCGAAAACAAAAAGACCCCCGGGGAGACCCCCAAAGCUGCGGAUACAUUCAGUUGGGGAAUAUGAGGGGAAUAAUAAGUCAAAACAGCCUAACAAGUGUGGAAGAUGUGGAGGUGUAGGUCACAAUCGGGUUACGUGUACCAACCCACUUGGUUGACGCUAUGGAAUGUAAGAAAGAUGUGUAAUGCCUUUUUGGGAGUUUGUCUUAUCAAUGGAGGAGGAUUUUGGCAGGGGUCGUUUUUUGGUAUGUUAAAAUGUAUUGUUUUCGGAAUGGGUAGACAUUCAUAUGAAAUAUGUUGGGAGACAAAUUUCAGAUAAAUGUCUCCUUUUAGGUAUGUAAAUAUUAUUAAAACUUGUUCUGAAGUGGGAAGAAUUAGUGAUGUCUAUGUAUGGCCAAGUUUUAUU